AUGAGUCAGCCAGCUGACGAGGGUGUGGUGGACUUAUUUCGUGCCCUGAAAGGCGUAUCUGACAUCUACUUCUAUUGGUCCCAUGAGCCGGUUGUGAAUCGCGCCGUUGUGCGCCUACGACAAGCCCUGGAACAAGUGGUCGGGCUGGCAAUCGUCAAUGUCUUGGACGAAAUGCAAAGCGGUCUUGCAGACCCACAAGUGCAGCAGGUCGGUGUGAGCUUUCUCAAAGCAGUCGUAGCGGACUCCAAAGGAACCACCAAGGACCUCAUCCAACGGGCCGGAGUCGUGCAGGUGUUGGUUCAGAGCAUGACCAAACACCCUUGCACAGAGAACCUCCUGACAGAGGCUUUGGCCGUACUGGAUGAGCUUCAUGGGCUCGCAGCACUGCUACAAGCCCUCGAGCAUUUGCGACCCAGCGUGCCCGGGACGAGGGCAGCUUUGCAAACGCUGCGGCUCACGGCCCGCAAGCGCUGGCAUGAGGUGGAGCGCUGCCCGGCGGUGCCCCUGACCCGUGUCAUAAUUGAUGCGCUCCGCGCGCAUCCAACAGAAAUACAGCUGUUGAUUCUCGGGAUCCAGCUGCUGGGAGAUUUGGCCGGUGACCUUCCAGAAGUCCGUGUGGCUUUCUUCCAGGUUAAUGGCUGGGACUGGCUUCUGCAAGUGCUUGAGUCACAACCCUCAAAGGAUAGCUGGCAGGAUCUGGAGCUUCAACAAGAGGGUGUUCGUCUAAUUGCUCAGCUCUGUAAGGGAGGCGCGUCCGGCGAUAUCCAUAGCCGUCGUGUAGGGGCCAUCUUGGAGCAAGUCUUGCAGCGGUCCCAGAAUGACGGGCGUGUCCUGUACUGGGGACUCUGGGCUGUACAGCAGCUCCAUGGCAUCGGAUCCUUGCUCGGAACUCUCCGGGGCAACUGGAAUGCCGAUGUGGUGAAGCAGACGCUGCGGUCUUUGAGCGGCGUGGCAUGGGGCCAAGGAGAGGGGGCAGACUCGGAGGCAGAGAAUGCCACGCACGUUCUUCAGAGCGUCAUCGAGACCAUGCGAAACUUCGCGGCCGACGCAGAGGUCCUCCGAGAGUCAUCGUUCGUGCUCGCCCGCACGGCAGUCUUUGCUGCGCAGCACGAGGUGCCUUUGGGAAUGGCAUCAUGGGAGCCCAUGCGAAUCUCUUUUUUUGGGGCUCUUGAGGAUUGA